AUGUCUCAAGUGAAAAUCGACAUCAACUUGAAGCUGAACAGCCAAUCUGUGGACAGGUACAAGUUCGGCAAGGCCACCCAUGAGGCGACCGCGUUAUACAGACCCCACGAGAACAAAAUUAUACUCCCGGUCGGCAUUUUGCAAAAACCAUUCUUUGACGCCCAGUUUGACGCCACCCAGAGCUUUGGUGCCAUCGGGAUGGUCAUCGGACACGAAAUUACCCACGGGUUCGACAACAGCGGCCGUUAUUGCGAUUGCGACGGCAAAAUUGAAACAGUGGUGAUCGAGCGCCUCCAGCGCUUCGUUCAACACGAAAGUCCAGUGCAUUAG